AUGCAACCUCCAAAUCAAAAACCAGCACCGGAUCAACCAUUUCUAUUACCAACAGAACGAGAAGUAUCUACUAUACCUAAGUCAGAAGGAGAGGGUGACUUUUGGGUUUAUCCGUCAGCUCAAAUGUUUUGGAAUGCAAUGUUACGAAAAGGGUGGCGUUGGAAAGACGAUGAUUUAUCACCAAAAGAUAUGGAUGUUAUAAUUAAAAUACACAACAUCAACAAUGAGCUUGCUUGGCGAGAGGUACUAAAAUGGGAAGCUUUCCACGCAAAUGAAUGUAUGAAUCCAAAGUUGAAAAGCUUUGGGGGUAAAGCACAAUGUAAACAUGGUAAACAUGUAAAGUGCAUAUAUAUAUAUUUAUGA